CGGAACUUCAGCGUGUGCAUGACGCUCAGUAGUUUGACGUUGACGACCGCAGGGGGUACUGGGAGACUGUAGAUGGUGAUGUUUCCAUCAUGGCGGCAUCCAUUUCGGGUUAUACUUUUAGCUCUGUGUGUUAUCACAGUGCUAACAGCAACUCAGAUCACGAGGGCUUCCUUUUAGGUGAAGUCAGACAAGAGGAAACUGUUAAUAUUAGUGACACACAGAUCAGCAGUGCAGAGCUUCUCCAAGUCGUAGAAAUCCAUAAUCAUGAACCUUGUGCACAACUAUUUAGCUUUUAUGACUUCGCGGGCAAAGUCAACGAGGAAAGUCUCAAUAGAAUACUCAAAGGUAGACGAAAAAAUGUCAUGGGCUGGUACCGGUUCAGGAAGAACACGCAGCUGCAGAUGUCGUUCAGGGAACAGAUCCUCCACAAGCAGCUGACCCGGCUCCUCGGCGUGCCGGACCUCGUCUUCCUCCUCUUCAGCUUCAUCUCCACAGCCAACUGCUCCACACACGCCCUGGAGUACGUCCUGUUCAGGCCCAACAGCAGCAGGUACAACCAAAAGGUGACUCUCAGCAUCCCCAACCUGGGCAACACCAGCCAGCAGGAGUACAAAGUCUCCUCUGUGCCCAACACCUCACUCAACUAUGCCAAGGUCAUCAAAGAGCAUGGAGCUGAAUUCUUUGACAAGGACGGUGUAAUGAAGGAUAUCAGAACAAUAUUCCAGGUCUACAGUGCACUACAAGAUAAAGUGCAGGCUGUGUGUGCAGAGGUUGAACAGAGUGAACGUGUGAAGGAGAAAUGCCAGGAGGAAGUGAACAAACUCAAACAACAAAUCGCUCUCAGGAAAAGAAAGACGGCAGAGGAAGAGAGAAGAAUCCAGGAGGCCCAGAACGCGGAGGCCCGUCCGGGCCCGGAGGAGAACACGGAGCCCCCAGACACACCCCUCCUCUCCCGGGUGGCCUUCCACACGCCCUCUGCCCCAGAGAGACCUGGUACCUCCAGCAACCCUCCUGCCUACACAGACCUCUCCUCCCAGGUCAACUCGCUGCUGCUGCCUUCCUCCUCUCCCACCAGUGCUGCGCUGCUGCCCAGGCCCCAGGCUGUGGGCUCCCCAGGGCACCCCACCCCCGGACCCCUGGGUCUGGCCAUGGGCAUGGGCCUGAGCGUAGGCCCCAGCCCUGGUCCCAGCCCCAGCACCCCUUACCUGGGCAACGGAGACGGUUCCAGCUCCGACUCUCUGGACAGACAAGCUGCAGGGCAGGAAGAUGAAGAGGAUGAGGACGAAGAGGAUGAGGACAGUAGCGAGUACGAGAACCUGGUGAGCGAGGCGCCGGUUCCUACAGGCGUGUUGGUGCAGGGUCGCCCCGCUGCCCUCAGCCCGGACGGCCACGCCCCCGGCCCGGACGGCCUCGCCCCCAGCCCGGACGGCCACGCCCCCAGCUCACAGACCUCAUAGAUGCAAAGCCACAGGGUGGUGCUGUGGGUGACACACAGGACUCAACAGGAGAGCUGGGUAUCAACAAUAGACAUCUUUAUAUAUAUAAAUAUAUAUAUAUAUGAAAGGAAGCACCAGCCCUGAAAACAAAAGGCAUGCACAGGUGGGGUUCCGUUUGGUUCAUUUGUUUGUCCCAGUUUGAUCGCCACCUUGAGGGGGAAGUUUCCAGCCUGUGCAGUCCCAACUGUCUGUCUGAUGGGGGGGGGGGGGGGGGGGAGUUGGGACCUUUUUGUCCUGGAACGGAGGGGUUGCCCUAGUGGAUGUGAAUGUUUCAGCAAGCAAGGGAGGACGUCACCGAAUUUCUACUGACUAGUGGGCCACCCUUGUCCCUGCAGACAGAACUCUCUCUGGAUCACGCUGCACACUCACUGCAUCUCCAACUCUGAGCAUCCACUUAUACCAUUACCUCUUGCACUAUUUUUGCCUUUUUUUAAACAAUUUAUUUAAGAAAAGCAAAGGGAAAAAUGCUCUGUGGCCUUCAAACUAUUCAUUUUAGUGAGACAGGGGAAUGGUAAUCUUUUGUUUUGUUUUGUUUUGCAAUUUGAUUAUUACAAAGAAAAUAGAUUUAUGUGUAAAAUGGUUUAUUCAGUCUGCAAGGUUCUGACUCGCUGUUUGGCCUUUCAAAUGUUAGGUUUUCCUUUCCUUAAACAAUCAAUAGUUUGUAUUUUAUGACUUGAGCGGUUGCCUAUUUAGAUCACAAAAAAUAUAGAUUACAAACGAAAAUUUCACGUGGCCACUAUAAUGGGUGCUUACUAUAAUCCUCUUUUGUUAAAGUAACAAUAAUUAAUGUCACUUCAUUGACAUAGAUGUCAAUGCCUCAUUGUUCUUGAAUUACACUGAAAUUGUAUGCGCUUUGCUGCACUUAACAACUUUAGCAGAUUUCUUUGUUGUGCUUAACCAAUGCUGUCAUGUUGUGCUACCUUGACCACCCGAACAGAGCUUAAUCAGCUUGUUUUGCGUUGUAACAGGGUUCACAGGGCAAACAAACCUUACUGGAGUUUUACUAACCAGAUGCUAAAGAUCCCUUAACUGCUGCUGCCUCUCUGAAAGCUACCACUAAAUAAGAAACUGUACAUCCGUCUGCA